AUGGGUAGGUCAGGCGAGAAUGAACCUUUAUUAAUUUUUUUCUUGGAGUUGGAAAUCAAAGGCAAAACUUCUUUUAUUUUUUUGGGUAUUGGAAGGUGCAGGAGCCGCCUAGUUCUGUCUACGGACGAUACAUGGCAGUGGCUGAAAAAGGUCGCGCAGAACGUUUUCCGUGAAUGCUUUAUUGUGCGAUUGUCUGUGUCCAAGUCCAAUGGCGUAUCGCCACCAAGAACGACGGCCGCGUUGAUGUACUUUCUUGCAGAUGUAGACCCCAGCUCUCUAAAGACUCACAAUACUACUUUUAUAAUUCCCCGAUGCUACUUGGUACUGGAUCGACCGCUUCCACAGUAUGACUGUAAGACACUGAUCCCAGGGGACCGAUCGCGUACGUGCGGUGCUGUGAGAACAUGUGCAGCGCAAGCCGUACACUGUCUAUCGAAUGGAAGAGCAGAUCUAGUUUGCAAGUUUCAAAUGUACAAGACCCCCACGCCCGGAUGAAGACGAAAUUUUUCACCUUUCACUAGCUUCCAGUAUCGAGGUGUGGACCGAUGGGAGCGAGCAGACAGUAUAUCCGCUGUACUGUCGCUCAAGAACUACAAAACAGUCGCAGCCCCUACCAAGCGAUACUUCAAAGGGGAGCGGAGCCCGCGAACCUUAUCGAUUGGAAUGAACCCCGAGCGCGACUACAACGACAUUCCAUACUAGUUGAGAGCAUGACUUUCGCCAUAUUCGGAAAGAAUCCUUCCC